AAGAGGAGGAAGACAGAGACAAAAGAUAGACCAAACCCGGUGCGAUGUGAAUUCUAUAUUGAGAAGAAGAGGAGGUACUGUGGAAUGCAAAGAAAGGCCGACCACCGCUUCUGCUCAGAACAUAUGAUCAACGAGUCCACUGGUGAAAGAAUCCCAUGUCCGUUGGACAAUAAACACACCGUGUGGGCUAAAGACUUGGCCAUACACUUGAAGAAAUGUAAUGCUAAGCAAAAGGUGGAAUUCGAUAUCUGGUACGAAAAAGAUUUAAAUAGUGGGUGGAAACACCUGGAGAACUUGGCUCCAGCAAAUUUGGAACCUUCAACCGAGGAGGCCGAGAACGAUUCCUUUGAAAAACACCUUGAACUCUUGAAGAAGAUCAAGUUUGACCCGUUGCCCAUGAAAAUUCUGGAACAUUCAGGAUUGAACCCAAGAAUCUCAGAACUAAAGAAUCCUAAACAUGCCCUUCAACAGUCAUCGUUGAUCGGAAACAUGAAGCAGAAGGGAUUGUUGGACUCAAAUACCUUUUACCUCGAGUUUGGAUGCGGGAAAGCGGAAUUAUCUAGGUUUGUGAAUUUGUGUAUUCUUGAAGAUUUAAAGACCCUGAAAAUCGCCCAGCAUGGUAUUUACGGCUAUGGACUCAUUGACCGGGGUAUAAACAGAAUGAAAAUGGAUCCCAAGAUCAUCAAAGACUCGAGAGACGUUGAUCUUGAACCCAAAGUCAAAAGAACCAGAAUUGAUAUCAAAGAUCUCAACUUGGAUAAAUUUUUACAGGAUACAAAUGCUGACAAGGUGGUUGGUAUUUCCAAGCAUUUAUGCGGAGUGGCUACAGAUCUCACCUUGAAGCUGUUGUUGAAUUCCACGUUGUUGGAGUCUGGAAAAUUCGGAGGGGUAGUUAUUGCCAUGUGUUGUAGACAUGUCUGCGACUACCACGAAUUACUACCACAGUCACGCCAGUACUUGAAGAUGCACGGCUUCGAUAGCAUGGAGGGCUUCAAAGCUUUGAAGAAAGUGGUCUCGUGGGCGGUCUGUGGAGUUGGAAGAGCUGAAAAGAAGGACGAAAAUGGAGAAAUUGAACGAGACGAGAGCUUGGAAUCGACUGGAUCAGAUUCUAUGGAGCAUGGACUUACCUACCACGAAAGAGAGACCUUGGGGUUGACAGCCAGAAGAUUGGUAGACGAAAGCAGAGUUCAUGCUAUCAAGGAGUUAAUGAAAGAUUACGAUGUUGAAAUAUUCAACUACACCGAAAGGAAGAUAACCUUGGAGAAUGUGUGCUUGAGCAUCCGUCCACGCGUAUAGACCCAUCCGAAAUGCAUUGUCUUCACCACUAAUCGUAGGAUCUAUGCCGCGAUAACAAUCGGUAUACAGGCAGCUCAUCGCAUGCGAAAGCGAG